AUGGUAGACGACGUUUGCCAUUAUGAUAUAAAAUUAAACGAUGAAUAUGGAAGAUAUUUAACAGCACUCAAGGAUUUAUCGAGCGGUGAAAUAAUAUUUAAGGAUAAACCUUUCGUGGUUGGACCUAAACCAGAUACUCCUCCGCUAUGCCUUGGAUGUUACUAUCCGAUUGAAAACAAGUUGUGUUCUCAAUGUGGAUGGCCCGUUUGUAGUGAAGAAUGUGAGAAGUCUCAGCAACAUGCCGCUGAGUGCAAAGUCUUCUCCGAAGUGAAGGUGCGUUUCCAGCCCGUUGAGGACUGGACGGCAAGUUCACCGCAGCUCGACUGUAUAACACCUUUAAGAGUACUUUUAGCGAAAGAACAAGAUCCUGAGCGAUGGGAGCAUGAAGUUGAAGUGAUGGAAGACCACAAAGCAGCACGACAGCAAAAAGCAACCUGGAGCGCAGACCAAGUGAACAUUGCUGACUUCUUAGUCGACCAUUGCAAUUUGCAGAAUAGAUUCAAUAAGGAACUAGUGCUGAAAGUCUCUGGCAUUCUCGAGGUAAAUUCAGUGGAGGUUCCGUCUAGAGGAGGUUUCAGUGUUCGUGCUCUAUAUCCCCGCCUGGCAAUUGCAGCCCACAGCUGUGUACCCAACAUCGUACACACGAUAACGCAAGAUGACAACCAGGUAGUUGUAAGAGCAGCUGUUCCAAUAAAAGCCGGUGAAACUCUGCACCUUUGCUACACAUACCCGUUGUCACCCACACCUGUGCGAAGGGACUUCCUUAAAGAGUCAAAAUUCUUCCAAUGUGACUGCCCACGAUGUGCUGACCCUACUGAAUUGGGGACGCACCUCAGUACACUUAAAUGCAAUAAAUGCGAUAAUGGUGUCAUUUUAUGGUCUAAUCCGCUGGAUGAUGAAGCGCCUUGGUCAUGCAAUGAAAAAAACUGCGGUUUCAAGACAUCAUCCUCUGCAGUACGCAAGCUGUUGGCAGUAGUACAAACAGAGAUCGAUCAGCUUGAUGCGUUGGAGCCUGGGCCCGCCGCCAUUGAGCAAAGAGAAGCUAUGAUAAACAAGUAUAAAUCGGUAUUCCACCCGCGACAUGCGUUACUUCUAUCGGUUAAACAUUCGCUGGCGCAGUUGUACGGACGUGUGGAGGGAUAUAACAUUGAUGAGUUGCCUGAUUUGAUGCUGGAGAGAAAGGCAGAUUUCUGCCGUCUCGUUCUCAAGACUCUAGAUGUUAUUACUCCUGGAGAAACUAGAAUGAGAGGUAUGAUCAUGUAUGAACUACAUGCUCCCUUGAUGUUCUUGGCAAGAAAUGAAUUUGGACUUGGGCUCAUCACCAAUGAAAAAUUAAAGGAAAAAUUGCAGGAGCCUAUCCAAUGUUUAGCUGAGGCUGCAAGAAUAUUGAUGCGCGAGGAUCCGCAAAGUCCUGAAGGCAUCACUGGACAAAUAGCACAGCAGUCUAUGGAACAACUGAAAGCUAGUCUUGACUGUUUAUAA